AUGGACUCGAUCAAAGGGUUUCACGCUCUUGGGACGUCCACGAUUCUCGAUUCGGAGAAUUACAGUUUCUGGAAAGUUAAGGCAAUGAAUCUCAUCAAAGGGAUUGAUGAAGAUGCUUGGAGUUCGGUGGAAGAAGGAUGGAGUGCUCCAACUCACGUGGUUGAUGGGGAGGAAAUUCUGAAGCCCAGAUCUAAAUGGACAACGCAAGAGAAGAGAGCAUCGACAUUGAAUUCAAAGGCGAUAACCAUCAUCUUCAACACUGUUGAUAAAGACGAAUUCAAGCAGAUCCAAGGGUGUAAGUCAGCAAAAGAAGCCUGGGAUUCACUUGAAUUAAUUCAUGAAGGAACCUCAAGUGUCAAGCGCACAAGGAGAGAUCUAAUCAAGCAUCAAUUCAACAUGCUUCAAAUGGGUGAAAACGAGAGUGUCAAGGAAUUCUGUGGAAGGCUGAAUGCACUGGCAAACGAAGCAGAGGUCCUUGGAAAGACCUAUCGAGACAAACAACUCGUGGCAAAACUCCUAGUAAGUUUACCAAAAAAGUUUAUGUCUCAUAAAUCUGCUUUUACUAUGGUAAACAAUGUGGAUACUGUUAGUUUCAAAGAAACAGUUGGUGCGUUUGCUGCUCAUGAGUUAGAACUGGAACUAUAUGAAAAGCCAAAGGGGGCGACUCCAAACAAGGGGUUGGCAUUUCAUAUUCCAGGGUCAUCUGAGGAUCCAAGUCAAGUAUCAUUGGAGGAAGACAUGGCGAUGAUUGUCAAAAAGUACAACAGGUUUUUCAAGAAAAAGUCAGUGACCGCUGGAAAACUUGAGCCAAGAAACACUGGAAAGUGUCUCGAAUGCAAGGGAGUUGGUCACUGGAAAGCUGAGUGUCCUAGCAUUGCUAAGAGGGAAGCAAUAUUGAAGAAUCUAAAGGAUCUUCAAUGUUAUGAGUGCAAAGGAUAUGGUCAUAUGAAGAAUGAGUGUGCUGCUGGAAAAGAAGAACGUGAAGAAAAAGAAGAGGAGGUUAGUGAAGAAGAUCUGUACAAAGAGAUGACAAAGCUCUACGAUAUCAACAUGAAGUUGAUCAAGGAACAAAAACAGAGUGAGUCAACACUCACUGACUUGAGGAAACAGCUGAUCAAAGAACAAAAGGAGAAAGAUUCAAUUAUCAUUGAUCUAAAGAAGCAGCUGAAAGAAAAAGAAGAAAAGAUCACCUUACUACAAAGUCAGUUGGAUGAGACUAUGAAAAAAGUAAGGAUGCUCGGAAGUGGUACAGAAAAGCUUGAUCAUCUACUGAGAAUUGGGCGAACUUAUUCUGGGCAUGCUGGCCUAGGAUACACUGGAGGAAGUAUUAACAAAGUAGGAAACUUUGUUUCUGGAGGAAAGCUUGGAGAUGAGAAUAUUGUUCCGGACAAAAAUACUCCAAGAAUCAAGGUUGAUCUUCAUCCGAGAAAGCAGUAUCGUGAGCACAUAAGUUGUUUUCAUUGUGGCAAAAGAGGACAUAUCAGAGUGAACUGCUACUGGAGGAGAAAUCAGGUACCACUCGCACCAAGAUGGAGACAAGUAUGGAGGAGAAAAGAUAUCAACAGGUGCAAUAUUGCUUGUACAUCAGAGCUGAAUUCAAGAGAAAGUCAGUGGUAUUUCGACAGUGGAUGCUCGAAACACAUGACUGGUGACAUGAACCGACUUUCAACUUUUGAAAAAAGUAUCAAAGGAGGGAAUGUGACAUUUGGAGAUGGAAGAAAAGGAAAGAUCUUGGGAAAAGGAAACAUGAAUGCAUCUGGGUUGCCUACCCUCACUGAUGUGAAUGUGGUUGAAGGACUCAAGGCGAAUCUCAUUAGCAUAAGUCAACUUUGUGACUCUGGACUUCAGGUACACUUCACUAAAGAUGUAUGUUUAGUCACUAACUCGUUGAAUAAGUGUGUGUUGACAGGAAAGCGAACACCGAGUAACUGUUAUACUUGGGAUGAUCAAUCGAGGACAGAGUUAUGGCAUCAAAGUAGAGGGAAAGCUUACGAGAUAUCUGAUAUACUUCGAGAACCAGUCAGUGAUCACUCAGAUCUUGACCAGGUACAUCUCACUUCAUCUCAGAAUUCUGAAGUGCUAGAAGAGGAUAUGAAAAGCGAUCCUGAGCCCCAUGUUCGCCGAACCUACCUAGUUAAUGAUGUGAGUGGAAGUGUGAAUGACCCACGACAGGAUGAAUCUAUUAAGAUGCACGAGGGUUUGAAUGAUGAGUACUACCUCAAGAUAAUGCAUGAAGAUGGAAGAGUCAGUCGCAAUAAACCAAGGUUCAACAGACUUGAGAGAUUUCAGGAGAGAUUUCAGGAGAAGAAUCCGGCGAGAUAG